AUGCAUCUCCAAGGGGUUCCCGACGAAAUAAUGUGCAGAGCAUUCCCUACUACCCUCAAGGGCCCAGCACGAGUUUGGUUCAGCAAAAUACCCCUGAAUUCGGUGAGUUUUUUUGAAGAGUUGAGCAAGCUGUUUGUUAACAACUUCAUAGGAGGACAAAGACAUAAGCGUUCCUCGUCCAGCCUAUUGACCAUAGAGCAGGGAGAGAAUGAGAGUUUACGGUCGUUCAUCACCCGUUUCAACAGAGAAGCCCUGAGUGUGGACGAAGCAGAUGAAAAGCUCUUGUUGGCGGCUUUCCAUAAUGGGGUGAAUUCGGAUUUGUUCAUUCACAAACUCUAUGAAAAAAAGCCCCAGUCCAUGGCAGAACUUGUCCAUUCGGCUCAAAAUUUUAUGAAUGUAGAAGACGCAAUCAUUGCUAAGAAGAGGAAGAGGUCUGAGAGAGUAGACGCAAAUCCCGGUCGCCACUUAGAGCAGGGCCCUUGUCCAAAGAAGGGACGAACGGAAGACAGGAAAGACUGA